AUGCCUUACUUUUCAAGCAUCAGCGACACAAUGUGGAUGUGCUGUAAUAACGCAUCGAGGGAUAUUCAAGGGUGCGGUGAACGUAAUAGGAUGAAGUUGGACAAAUGUAGCAAAUGCUCUCAUGAAAAAUGCGAUCAAUGCAGGGUAACGCGAUUACAGUUGUUGAUGGAGGACUUCAUAGACACUGAUAAAGUAAAGGAAGCAUUGGAGUCGCAGUUAAAGGAAACUUCGACAGUCAAAUCUACCAGAAAAGUAAAUGAUAUUUAA